AUGGAGAGCCUCCUUGAAAGAUUCAAACUUUAUCUUGAUCACCAAUCGUUGAUGAAGAAGGAUGAUGCAGUCUGUUCGCAGUUGAAUCACGGCGAUGAUUCUUGAUCGUGAGAGAGAUAACUCGUAGUAGAUCGAAGUAGGAUCGUUGUUGUUGAUCUCCCCAGCUUCUUUUUCUUGUAGGGCGUCGUCCUCCAACGGAUUUCCGCAUUUUGCUCAAGAGAUAAAAUCGAAAAGUCAGUUCAAAUACUAACCGUUUUCCGGAACGCGUGGCAACGACUGACCAUUGAUAAUUCAAUAUCUUUCUAUUGUCUGCUCCGUUCGAUUUGACAUUUUAAUUGGAGAUUUAUCUCUCACAGAAGAACAACUUUAUUGUUGACUUUGUCUUCAGAUUCGAACGUUAAGAUGGUCGUUUUCUCCACGUAAGCAGCUGACGUGUCAUCAUCCAGAUUUCCGAUUCGAGACUCACAAGAGCUCAUUUGAUAUUUCGAAUCAUUUUCUUUUUCUUUUAAUAAUGAACGUUACUAAUAAAUAAUAGCUGCACUUAAAUGGUUAAAUAAUCAUGGAUAGAUGAACUAAAAAUAUAACCAUCAUUUACCUAUUAAAUAUUUGUUUUCCAACAAAUAUUUAUCCAUAUAUAUGUGGCGCUUCACCUAUUCAUCAAUUCACUUAAUCUCAAGGUUAGCCAUAAUGUCACAAGAUAAAUAAUAGAUUUAUUUGCAUGAAAUCUGAGGGAUUUAUGAUAAUCUUGUAAACAAUAUCAAACAUGAAUUACAUAUUUUCUCAUAUAAUUGUAAUAUCAAAAUCUAUGUCCAAGGGCAUCAACAACCUUCUCACAUCUGACCUAUUUGGGGGACAUUUAAGGAGUGAAAGGCAGUGACAUGGUUGACACCUCAUUCUAUUUGACAUGUUCGAGGGUCGUGCAAAGAGAGAAUCAAUUGUCAUCUCACCCCUUUUGACCAUUCGGGGGCUGUGUAGGGAGUGAGGGAGUGAGAAACGAGGAAGGUUAAAAUCGUCACCUCGAAGAUGUGUGGGUUCGCUUGCACAUAGGUUGAGAUGUCUACUUUUAUAGAGGCAGUUACUUUUUCUUAUUUUUUAUAAAUAGGACAUAUAUUUCUCCUUUUAGAGUAUGAUGGACGGUGAGAUUUCUCUCUCUUCCUUGAUUUCAUUCUCUCUCUCUAUCAACUCUCUUUUAUUUUUUUGGUUUCUCUCAUAUUCUAUUACAUGUGAAGUCCUUAUAAAAAGAGAUAAGAGUUCAUUACUAACUCUCAUGUGGGGGUCAUCUCAAGGACAUUGAGAUGUUGAUUAAAGGUAUUUAAUAAAAGUCUUGUUCUCAUCAGAAUUCCUAAUAACAUGAUGAUUUCUCUUCUAUUUGUUCUCAUUGGUAUCUAGAAAUUAAGUUUCUAUUGUUAUUGUGAUCAUGUGCUUGCAUAUUUAUUCAUACAUAUUACUCGUAGACCGACGACUAGUCAGAGGUGGUCAACUGUGGGCUCGAGACAUAUCUCUAUUGUUUCACUGAUGAGUGUCCAAAAUAGUGGUAUAGGUGACUUUUGUGGGCAGGGUUCUAGUAUAAUAGAAACAUUAACUGCUCCAUACAGACGACCUUGUUUCAAGUGGUCUACAGUCGACACCCACCCAUCUUGAUCUGCUUCACAAGCAAACCCACAGUGCUAAGAGAACUGGAGCAAAUGUUGUAGGAAUGAGAUGAUAUUCUUGCACAAUUCAAAUAUAACUUGGAGCGUGCCCAGGCUCAAAUGAAGAGUUUUGUAAACAAUAAAUGGUGGGAGCUCGAGUUUGAAGUAGGCUAGUGGGUCUACCUUCACCUGUGGCCCUACUGCCAAACCAAAGUUGUGUGGCAGCCUUGUGCCAAACUUGCUCCCUGCUUCUACAGCCUGUUCAAGAUUCUCUAGUGAAUUGGGUCAAUGGCGUAUUGUCUAGACCUCUCACCUCAUACCAAGUACAUAUGGUGUUCCUUUGGUUGGGUCAUUGAUGCUCGUGAUCAACUACAUGGCCCAUAAAGUGCUCCUCUAAUGAGACAGACUGUCAACUGAGGCCACCACAUGAGAACCCGCUUACAACAUCGUCCAACAGUUUUCUGAUUUCAACCUCGAGGACAAAGUGCAUAAAUAGGGGGGGAGUAUUGUUGAGACCUUGGCAUCCGAAAUGGACCCAAGGAGGAUGAGGUCUUGAAGAAACCGGCCCAGCCUGGUAGCAAAGCUUGGCAGGCCAAGUGGAGCACAAGGUGAUGAGAUACUAGAGCCCGACACCAUUGGAAACAAUCAUACAACAUAUCAUGCAAGGUAGGAGGUGAAGACGAAAAACGGAUCCAACGGUGAACUAGUACAAUUGUAGGACCCGACAACAACAUAUCACAUCAAGUCCUGAGUUCCAUUGGAUGCAGACGACACGAACGGACAAAGGCUGUAAGAGAAAAGAAGCCACCCUCAGAGGAGGGGAAGAGAUUUGUAAGAAACUCCAUUAAGAGUUGGAGACUCACCAUCUCGUAUUGGCGACCCCAAGACCAAGGAAGUAUUGAUUGCUUAG